ACUAAGUCGAUAGCAACUACUGAGUAUCUUGUCAGUUAAUCGUGCUCAACGAAUGUGAUCGCACCAAUUGGUUUAUUCCACCUCGAAACACUACGUCGUAAACAGCACUAGAGCUUUCCAACUCCGAGAGGGAUAAAUAUGGGUCAGGGGUCCUAUACUUUUGUGGGAGGAACUCCCAGAGACACCGUAGAACUUACGAUAAACGAUAAUGUUUACAUCGUCAGUCACGACGUGCGACCAGACACUUCGCUGAACGUCUUCAUCAGGGAUCAUGCCCUCCUACGGGGCACGAAGUACAUGUGCCUCGAGGGCGGGUGUGGUACGUGCAUCGUGGCCGCGGAAAUUCAUGGGGAAACCAUUGCAAUUAAUUCAUGCCUUGUUCCAGUCCUCAUUUGCAACGGAUGGAAAAUCAAGACAAUCGAGGGCAUAGGGAACAGAAAAGUGGGUUACCACAAGAUUCAGGCAACACUUGCUGAGAUGAACGGUUCCCAGUGCGGCUACUGUUCUCCGGGAAUGGUCAUGAAUAUGUAUAGUUUGAUACAGGGUAGAGAGAUGUCGAUGAAAGAGAUUGAAAAUUCAUUUGGUAGCAACAUUUGUCGUUGCACCGGUUACCGUCCCAUUCUGGAAGCGUUCAAAGGCCUAGGGAAUGACGCAGAUCCCGCUAUGGUGCAAAAGAUUCACGACAUCGAGGAGUUAUACGAAUUAAAAAAAUGUCCGAAGUCGGGCAAGCCCUGCAAAGGCGACUGCAAGCCCUCGGAGGAACCCACAAUAUUGGAGGAAGUCCGCAUGGAUUUCGGAGAUGUUAAAUUUCAAAAGGUACUCGACAUUGUCAGUCUAUUCGAAGUAUUCACUGGCAAUCCAAAUGCCAGUUACGUUCUCAAUGGCGGUAACACAGCACACGGUGUCUAUCGACUGGAAAAGCCCCAGCUAUACAUCGACCUCAACGACAUCAGCGAUCUCCGCAGAGUCGAGAAGACAGCGGACAACCUGAUCCUGGGUGGAAACGUCUCUCUGACGGUCAUCAAGAACAGCUUCAUCAAAUACUCCAGCGACACCGGUUUCAAUCACCUUCGGCAAAUGGCCGAUCAUGUGGACCUGAUCGCUAGUGUACCAGUACGCAAUAUUGGCACAUUGGCGGGGAACCUCAUGAUAAAGCACCAGCACAACGAAUUCCCCUCGGACCUGUUCCUCAUACUGGAGACUGCUGGAGCCAAAAUACACAUACUUUCGUCACCCGGACAAAAGCAGGAGAUUAAUUUCAUCGAGUUUCUGAAGAUGGAUAUGACACAUAAGAUCGUAUACAGCGUUAUGCUACCGGCACUGAAACCCGAAUAUGUUUAUCGAUCUUACAAGAUAUUGCCAAGAGCGCAAAAUGCACAUGCCUACGUGAACGCUGGGUUCCUUGUCAACCUUGAUGCUUCUGGGUCCGUCCAAGGACAACCGAACAUCAUCUUCGGUGGGAUCAGACCUGAUUUCCUUCACGCCACUGCCACCGAGAAGUACCUAACUGGAAAAUGCAUAUUAGACAAAGGCGUCCUCAAGCAGGCCCUGGUAACACUGGCCUCAGAGUUGAACCCCGACCAGGUCCUGCCGGAUUAUUCUCCAGAGUUCAGGAAAAAUCUAGCCCUGGGAUUGCUCUACAAGUUCGUCCUGAGUAUAAAACCAGAAGUCGUGGACGAAAAGUUACGCAGUGGUGGGACGAUACUGGAGCGUGAUCUCUCGUCUGGGAGGGUUGAUUAUGAAACGGACAAGUCACUCUGGCCGUAUAAUAAACCCCUCCCCAAGACUGAGUCGAUCUAUCAGACGUCUGGCGAGGCAGAGUACGUCAAUGACAUACCACCCCAGCCACGGGAGGUUUCCUGCGCUUUUGUACACACUAUCUUCUCCAGUGGAAAAAUAACGAACAUCGAUGCCUCUGAAGCUCUGGCGAUGAAGGGGGUUGUUGCCUUCCUAUCGGCCAAGGAUGUGCCAGGAAAAAAUCUUGCUAUUGACUCGGCGAACCAAGACCCAAUGAACUUCAAUGAUGAAAAGCUCUUUGCUGAUGGUGUUGUUGAGUUUGCCGGCCAACCGAUUGGCCUAAUUUGCGCGGAAACUCAGGCAAUUGCCAACGAGGCCGUGAAGAAAGUGAAAGUUACUUAUUCUGAUAUUGCGAAGGAGAAGCCCAUAAUAACGAAUCAAGACGCUAUCGAUUCUGGGGACAAAAAUAGAGUCAAGGAGAUGGCGAAUUUCCCUGCUGACAGACAAGGAACUAAUCCAGUUGCUAAAGUGAUAAAAGGUACCUUCAAUUGUGGGCCCCAGUAUCACUUCACGAUGGAGCCCCAGUCUUGCGUUUGCAUCCCAACAGAGGAUGGAAUGGACGUCUACCCAAGCUCUCACUUUAUAGACCUGGCACAGACUUCGAUGGCUUCGUGUCUUGGGAUUCCAAAUAACAGGAUCAACAUCAGAGUCAGAAGACUGGGAGGGUCGUACGGUGCAAAAUUGUCACGAAAUACCUGGAUCAGCUGUGGAUGUGCUGUGGCAGCGCACGUGCUAAAUCGUCCAGCUCGUUUGAUCAUGACAAUCGAGAGUAACAUGACGAUAAUAGGCAAACGAUUUCCAGUCAAGCAUGACUACGAGAUAGGUGUCGAUGCUGACGGGGUGAUUCAGUACUUGAAGCAGCAAAGUUGGCACAAUGCCGGCAGUUCAUUCAACGAUCCCAUUGCAGCACAAGCAGUCAUGCACUCGUAUUCCUGCUAUGACAAGACCACGUGGGCUUCCGUGGGAAAUGAAGUUCACACUGAUGUUCCAUCCAAUACGUACGCGAGAGCACCAGGCUCCACUGAGGGUGUGGCAAUGGGAGAGAAUAUGCUGGAGAACAUAGCGCAGGUACUGGGUAAAGAUCCAGUUGACGUGCGUCUCAAGAACAUGAAUGCAACGGAUAAGGUGCCACUGAGCCAGAUGAUUGACGACAUAAAGCAGACGUCGGACUACACUGCGAGAGUGGAGGCUGUCAGAAUGUUCAAUAAAGAAAACAGGUGGAAGAAGAGAGGUAUAAGUUUGAUGCCCAUGAAGUAUCCCCUUGAGGUGGGAGGUCAGUGGAAUGCCUUGAUAUCAGUGUACCCAAGGGACGGAACAGUGGCUGUUCUUCAUGGAGGCAUUGAGGUUGGCCAGGGCAUCAAUACCAAGGUGGCACAGGUUGCUGCUUACACCCUGGGAAUCGAUCUCGAUAUGAUCAGUGUUAAGCCCACGAAUAAUCUUGCUGCGCCGAAUAAUACAGUCUCCGGGGGCAGUAUCACAACUGAAUCUGCCGCAAACGCCACGAUAACUGCUUGCACGGAGCUUCUGAAACGUCUAGAACCCAUCAAAAAUACACUGACAAACCCCACGUGGACAGAGUUGGUUUUCGCUGCCUUCCAAGCAAACGUUAAUCUCUGCGUUCAAGCCAUGCUACCAGCUGAUUCAUCGAAGGGCUAUCCAAUAUACGCGGUAACGGUCAGUGAAGUGGAGGUCGACAUGCUAACAGGACAGCAUAUUAUUCGACGGGUCGAUCUUCUCGAGGAUGUUGGCAUAAGUAUGAAUCCUGAGAUCGAUAGGGGGCAGGUAGAGGGAGCUUUUGUGAUGGGAAUUGGUUACUGGACCUCCGAGGACCUCAUUUACGAUCCCAAGAGUGGAGUUCUGGUUAACAAUCGGACGUGGAAUUAUAAACCACCGGGUGCCAAGGACAUCCCAGUAGACUUCCGAGUGGCAUUCAGGAAAAAAUCACCGAAUCCAGUGGGAGUGCUGCGGUCGAAAGCUAUUGGCGAGCCACCACUCUGCAUGUCAUUCAGCAUACUAUUGGCAUUGAGGAAUGCUCUGAACUCAGCGAGGAAAGAUGCGGGAAAUACCGAUCCCUGGUAUCAGUUCGAUGGGCCAGCAACUACUGAAAAUAUCUUGAAGACCAGUCUCACCACCAACGAGCUCAUGAGACUUUAAUACAAUAUUUAAUUAUUCGCAUAAUUAUAUCCAACGUGUCGAUAAUAAAUACCAUGUUCUCUGCAAUUAUUAUCUCAUGAAUUUCAAUGAAAAUCGAUCUACCACAUUCGCAUUGGAAAAUAAAAUAUUUCAAUUUUGUCUUUGGCAA